CUUUGUUAAAUGAGAUAUAUUAUAAACAACUCUAAUGUAGUUAUUUGAAUACAAAUAAGUUAACAAAUAUGUCUGUAAAACUAGAAACUUUCAUUUGAAUACAGAAGAUUAGUACAUAAGAUUAACAUGAGUAGUUUUAUCAGAUACCUUGUUAAUCAUUAUUAUAUAUGGACUAGAUCAUGGAUUAAAUAUAGUUUGGAGUAUAAUACUAUAUCCUAAUUAUGAAUUAAACAACGGAUACGAACACGAGGUGUAACGUGGGUUCUCGUAUCUACAGUUGUAGUUCAUAGUAGAGUUGUAAGCCUCCUCAGUCAAUGCAUAGAUACAUGAUUGCCAUAAAUACAUAGAGGUUCUAUCACAUCCUAAUGACUAAGGCAUAUAUAUGCACAAUUACAAUUAGGUACCAAUAAUUUAACACCCUAUCUCAAAUUGAUGUUGAAUGUUGGGUGAGUAACAUCAGUUGAACAUUAGAUACCAAUGUACUAGAUGCUAAUGCCUUAGUCAAUAUGGCUGAAGUUUGAUCUUCCGUUGACAGAUAAUUUAGUUAUAUUCUUAUUAUUUACACUAGACAUCUAAUGUAAUGAAUGUGACUUUCUAUGUGCUUAUUCUGAUCCUGCAAAUCUGGAUUGAGUGCAAUUUGUAUCACACUCCUGUUGUCUCCAUGCAACUUAAUGAUAAUUCUGCAAUUAACACUGAAGUCUUCCAAUAGCUAUUGUAGCCAAAUCAUUUUAGAGCUUACUUCUAACUGGAAUGGAAUGAUACUCUGAUUUAGUCAACGACUUGUAAGCCUAAUCUUAGUUGUGACAUCUCCAUGACACGAAUGAAUGUCCAAUUCAAACACACAAACUGAAAAGUGAUCGAUGUGUAUCUUGGUACCCUGCAUAGCCUGCAUCUGCAAAAGCCUCUCACCCAAUUCUCCAGAAGAAGAGAAAAAUAUGCCAAAUUCUUGAGUCUGCUUACGAUAACUCAUAAUUUGAUAUACGUCAUCUAUAUGUUGUAAUCGAGCUAUCCCCAUGUUGGCUCACAAUAGUACAUUUGGAUGUGUGUGAGUUAAGUAAAUCAAACACCCUACCAAACUACGAUAUAAUGACUGAUCUUGCAUCCUAUCUCCAUUGUCCUUUAUAGCUUCAUAUUCUUUUUCAUUGGAGUUGCACAUGGUUUACAGUUUGCAAAUUGAGCUGACUCAAGAAGAUUUGUUAUGUAUUUUUUUAUGGGACCAGAAUACCAUGUGCGAUCUCUGAACAUCCAAACCUAAAAAAUAACAAGCGCCACCAAGAUCUAUUAGAUUGAAAGUCUUAUGAAGCGAAGUCAUCAACUCUUGGAUACCUGAUGAAUCACUUCCUGUGACUUUUAUAUCGUCGACAUAGAUUAGCAGCAGUACCACACCACUAAUAGUGUUUCGAACAAAGAGGGAAGGAUAAUUCUGACUUUAUUCAAAACCCAAUUGUGCAGUAGUUCUAUGAAUUGAACUUCUCAAACCAAGAAUAACGAGUCUUAUGAUAGAUGAACAACGUGAAGUACUUAAUUCCCAUAUGAGACGUCAUUAGUGAAAUUAAUCAUAAAUUUGUAUGUACUAUAUCAAAGUGAGCUUCACAUACAGUCUCACUCGAAGAAACAAAUUAUGAGAAGCCUUGCCUUUUAUCCUAUAAAACUCACAACAUAAAAUUGGGAACCAAUAAACCAAUCAAAUUGUCCGGUAAUAAAUUUGGUUAAACAUCAUCAACAAUCAUACUGAAUUUGGAUCAUCCAACCGACAAUGCCAUGAAUCCCAAAUCAAAGCAUUCAUUGAAAAAUUCAAACCGACUGAUUUUAGAGAAAUAUCUGUCGAUGGCUUAUGUAAAUCAUCCAAAGAUUUUAUCAUAGUGCUAGGAUCCACAGAUUCAGGAACUGAAAAGCUUCUUUUGUACUUGUUGCCCUCCAAUACAACUCACACAAGCAUCACCACCCCCUCCAUAGUUCACAUUCUUAGCUUGCCUCCUCAACUUGUCUAGCAUAAAAACUCUUCCUUGAUGAUUUCCUGUUGGGAUGAAUAGCUUUGAAAAGCUAUAAUGAAAUUUCUAAUUAAUUAUCAAGUAUUUUCCCCAUAAUACGAAAUUAAGAUGGAUAAUUAAUAAAAGGAAUAUUAUGGAGAUAAUUAGGAAUAAUUAUCUUAAUAGAUUAUAAUUUAAUUAUGGGAAUAAUUAUCUCCCUAAUUAAAAUGUGAUUAUUCCCAAAGAAAGAGGGAAUAUUCUGGGUUUUCUGCUCCUAUAAAUAGGAGACUACCCAGACCCUCUAUACACACCUCAGAAGAGCAGAAACACGAGAGAGAGUGAAUUCAUAGAGCUUCGGUUUUUCGCACAAAACCGAUGAGCAAGAAAAUUAGAAUGGCUGUUUUAUCCUGGAGGCGACCGGCUGAUAGUCUGUUGUGCGCAAUACGAGGCCGUGCCGCGAACGUCUUAAAGAGAGCGACCUAGUCUGCAACUCAGCCAGAUUGGUAACCCUAAUUUUUCUGUUCGGUUUCUAACAAUUUUAAGACCUUGUGUUGCUGUUAUUACAUGUACCGAACAGAUUACUACAUCUGGCCCCAAUCAAGCGCAAGAAAUCACCGAUGCCCAAAGCUAUUUUCGCUAGCCAAAAUUAUCACCACUGUUGCAUUGCGAGGAAGAUUGAGCACGUCCCUCUUUAUUACUCAAUUUAUUUCUUUUUAUUAUUUUAUUGUUUAUCUUGCUGGUGGUGUCUGCGAGGAGAAGCACAGGGGAAUUAGUUGGUGCAUUCGGUUGCUCGCAAUCCAUUGUUCUGAUUCGAAGUUAGCUUUUGCUUUGGUUGCUGUAAUUAGGCAUAGCUCGAAGAAGAAGAAGAAAAAAAGGAGGCGGGAGUGGGCGGAGGAACAAAGAUCACUCCUCAGCUGCCUUCGAUGGCAACGAGCUUCUCGCCGAGGAGAUUACCGCCUUCGAGAGGCCUUCCGAGAAAGGUCUACCUUUGUCGCAUCGCACUUAUUAUUGCCCCCACCGAUCGGAACACGCGUCGUAGCCGCGGUAACCGAAAUGAAUUUUCUAUAGAAAGGACAUGGGUUGCAUAAGUGAAUUAUUAAGGGGUUCCCUUGUGUUAAUUGAUUGUUUCUUAUGAAUGUGACUUCACUAACCCAUCUGUAUAUGUGAGUUCCGAUUGUUAAAAUUGGCGGAUGGGUGGAGUGGUAGCACUGUACCACAAGAAGAAGGCGAUUGGUAGAGGAGAAGUCGGCGGAGGGAGGCAGCAAGACGACCCCGGGCUGUACUUUAUUUGGGCCAAAUCAAUUCAUUGCAAGCUGGCUAAUUGAUUUGGACCAAGUCAAUUCUGUCCAGAGCAAGCUGAUUCCAUUGUCCCGUUUAAAUCCCAUCCCGAGCCAAGCAAAUGGAAGAAGGCCUCGGUCAAGUUAAUUUCCCUUGUCCAAGUCUCAAGAGAAAAAUCAAUUGUAUUGAAUUUUGCAGGCCCUCCACAAAGGAGGUAAGAACUGGAUAGCUGCCGCCGGGAGAACCUGAUAGAGGAAAGUGGUGCUCGGGCAAGUAUUGUCAAAUUGGAAUCUAAGCCACGAGCUAGCUAUUAUCAGAAGGGGAUGACCUCUCGAAAAAAAGGUCAGAAGUGAAACCUUUUUUAUAUAUGAAUCAUUUAUAAAUGAUAAAAUGAGAAUCUAUGUCAUAUAACUUGAUACAUGAAAUUGAGAAAUUUUAUGAAUGCUAGAAAGAACAUUUAUAAUUGAUGCAUGAUCAUGUUGACAUUGAGAUAUAUCUUCCUCAAUGAUUGGAGUAAAAUUUUGUGUACAUAAUUUUGGUUAAAUGGGUGCAUAGGUUCUGGAGUAUAUGUGGAAAUAGAAUGAUAUACUUAUUCAUAGUAAUGGGAUUAGAAGAAGUAUUGUUUGUCAGUACUAAGUGAACCACUCAUGCUACUCUGGAAUUUUAAAGUUUCAAGAAUGAGAGUAGCAAUACGAACCAGAUCCACACCAAUUAGAAUGGUACCCGUCGUGGUAACCAUAAGUUUGUCACACAAUCCUCUAAGAAUGACGCUAUGUUUCUCAAUUAAAUUUGAGGAAAACUAGGUCAUAUGACACGAAAGUUUUCGUAAGUUUAACAUAGUAUUGUGUUAACUUGAUUAAAGACGAGGAUUUGACAAUAAUAAUCGCUAUGGUGAUGACAGAAGUUAGCCUUAAUGGUAACUCUGAAGAAUGGUGGUUGGAUAUUGACGACUCAAGGCAUGCAUUUGAUAAAGUAGCUAAGCUCAAUCAUGCAUUGAGGCGUAUUGAAGGAGAAGUGUUGUUGGGCACGACCCUCACCACUAUUGUUGAUGGUUCUAUGAAAGUGGAAGUGAACCUUACCUCUAGAAAGUCAUUGACUAUACUAGACGCAAGGAAUGGUUAAGUAGAUAAGAUAAACUCUUCCAAGUGUGUCUGUGUGAAGAAUUAGAAUAUCUUAUAUCACAUUCUCAUAUUAUUAUUGAAUACUUGAGAUAAAUUUGAAUUUAUAUCCAAGCUAAAUGACCCAUAAAUACAUGGUUAGAGAAUCAGAAUUGAUAGAUCUGAUUUAUUUUUAUACGAGUAUACGUGAUAGAAAGACAAUAAGUGAUUUAUUGCUAUACAUAGUGCUCUAUCUAGUUAUUUGAGAUGCUAAUUUGUUUGAGAAAUGCUUUAUCGCAUUAUUAAUGAUUUCACUGAUUAUUCGAUACUGUGCAUACAUGUAAUAUGAUAACUUGGAAAGCAUAUGAGUAUAUUUUAUUGAUUGUAUUGUCAAUAGUAAAAUAUACAUGCCUCAUGAAAUGAAAUACUCAUUAUGUUAUGGAAUCCAUGGAUGCCAAUAGACUUCCAUUUAAAAUAAAGAGAUAGUGGGGGUUAAAUCCUACCUACUAUUAGAAAUAAUGGAACUAGUGGGGGUGGUGAAUCUGAGUAUGAACUCAGAAGAGAAAAAUAAACCAUAAAUCACGAAAGGAUUUUGGUUAUGAAUUUGUUAUUUACACCCUAAGAAAGAAUUAUCCUACAAGUCUGCUGGAAGUUUGAACUUCCAUAUAGAUGCAGAUUUGUGGGAGAAUCCAUUAUUAUUAAAAAAAAAUUAUUGGAGUCUAAUAAGACUUAGAGUCUUGUAGAGUUACCUCGCGGUCGUAAGCUGUGGGUAAUAUAUCGAUGGAAUCGAACAAGAUUUGGCAUCUUUGAGAAAUACCUCUUGGCAAUGAUGCCAUGGGUAAUAAAUGGAUUCUUAAAAGAAAACUGAAACCUAAUGGUUUAGUUUAUGAGUAUAAGGAUCGCCUAGUAGAUAAGACUUUAGGCGAAAAAGAAAAAGUUUGUAGAUUUUCUUGAUAUCUAUUCACCAAAUCUAGAAUAGCAUCCAUGUAUGGUCUGAUUGCUAGUGAUGCAUUAGAUGGAUGUUAAAAAUUUUCAUUUUGUGAAUGGUGAUUUAGAUAAGAAAUCUACAUUGGGACAACCUAAAGGUUGUUAUCUCUGAACAUGCUUUUAAAGUCUAUGGUGAGACAAAUCAAUGUAUGAUUUGAAACAGACUUUAAAGAUCAUGGCAUGCAUGGAUGGUUCUCUCUCAUGGUUUUGAAUAAAAGUGACAAGUGCAUUUGUUACAAACAACACUUGCACUAUAAAAAAGGCAUGUUGAUCUUUGUUGCAAAGACUCAUGACACGAACAAAUGUGAAAAACCAUGUUGAGUGAGAACCUUGAUGAGAAGGAUCCAAGUGUUUCGCUUAGAGAUCCAAAUGACUAGGACAGUGAAAGAUAUUUGUUAUAGAUCAAUCUAACUGCUUGGUUAAGAUCUAUAAGGAAUACAAGUUAUACACUUGCCUAAAUGUUUGAAGAUGCUAGUACAAUUUUAAAAGAGUACCAAAGACGGUGUAAGAAAGUAAGAACAUACUAGCAUCGACAGUCUGCGAGAGGCAACUGAUAAACAUGAGAUCCGACAUAGUGGGGGUACUUGGCAUGUUUACUGAUUGACCUAUUAUGAAGCAUUGAAAUGCUAUUGAAAAGGGUCAUGAGACACCUUAAGAACAGUAGACCUUGAUAUAAGUUAUCAACGGUUUCUGGCUGUAUUGGUAGGGUAUAUUGAUGCGGACAAGAAUACCAUAUAGAAGAUUUCAAGGCAUCUAGUGGUCAUGUUUUAAACAUCACCGGAAGUGUUGUGUCUUGGAAUUCUAAGAAGUAAACGGCCCAGGAUCAAUCAAUUAAGAAAUCAGAAAUGAUAGA